CGGGCGCCAUCGUUAUCAAAACCAAUUGGACUCCGGAAGGCACAGCAAAAUGAAUUCACUGGCCAAGAUUGGGGGAUUCGUGUGCCAAACUGUACAAAUAGCCGGCUGUGGUUUGCAGCAGGUGCGCACCAAGUAUGCCGAUUGGAGGAUGAUCCGGGACGUUAAGCGCCGCAAGUGCGUCCGCGAGCAUGCCGUUGAACGACUCCGCGUCAACUCCCUACGAAAGAAUGACAUCCUUCCAUCAGAACUAAGAGAAGUGGCUGAUGCUGAGAUCGCUGCCUUCCCGCGGGACUCUUCGCUUGUUCGCGUAAGGGAACGCUGCGCCCUUACGUCACGGCCGCGCGGCGUCGUCCACAAAUACCGGCUCAGUCGUAUUGUAUGGAGACACCUGGCUGACUACAACAAAUUAUCAGGCGUACAACGCGCCAUCUGGUAGUUUGUUUUGUUAGCAGUAAAAAAAAUAAACCACUGUUUUUCCAACUGGA